AACCUCUCUCGUUGCGUUCCCAGCGUUCGGAAGCAUCGAGGCACAGGCAAAGCCUUUCGUCCCGGGGGAAGCAAGAAAGACAGGACAGACGGGCCUCAAAAGAAGCACGACCAAACACAAACAAACACAAGCACCACAAUCAUGGCCGAUGCAAAGGACAACGAUCCCGAUCGGGGCGCUCCCCGAUGCCCCCUCGUGCUGGAUGGGCAGGCAACCGAUUCGGAGGGCGGUCGUGUUUCUGCUGCUGCCACCGGGGACGUUGCUUUUGCUCUUGCUGGUUCUGCUGUUGCUGGUUCUGCUGCUGGUUCUGCCAAUGGAGAUUUCGGUCUCGGUUUCGAUCGGUCUUCCAGCGAAGCUCGCGGUGUAGGCGGAAUCGGCACUUCAGCAAGGACGGGCACGAGAACAAGCUCGAGUGCAGGCACGGAAACAAACCCACCGGCCUUGUUGGUCCGCCCGGAGACGAUGGCCGUCGCCCACAAGCUCCGGGACCGCGCCCUGGUCCUCGAAGAGGAGCGCCGGAAGCUCUCGGCCACCCUUCCCGUCCUGGAAAAGCUCCGAAAACGGCUCCGCACCGAGGCCUCGGGGCAAGAAAAGCGGCGCAGGCGCCUCCUGGAAGCCCUGGACUCGCGCAAUUCCACCGAGCUGGAGGUGUGCGACGUCAGGGAGGGCAUCGAUGGGCACCACCAGAGAGCGGAGGCCCUCGAAGCGGAGGAAGAAGCGCUUAUCGGCCGCCUCUCGGGUCUGCUCGAGCGCCGGACCCGGGCGACGGCCGAGAAACACGGGCCGCUUUUGGCCGACAUGGAGGCCUACGCGAGGGUCCUCGCAAGGGCGGUGGACUGCCGGCAAGAGGCCGCCGAGAAGAAAAAGGAAGGGCUGGAAGAAACCCGGGGUUCUCUCGGGGCCUCCCUGGCCGAGGAGGAGCGGCUGGGCCGGGAGGCCGCGGAGGCCCUCGGACGACUCGCGGCGAUGCAAGAGCGAGGCGGGGGGGACCGCUCGGGAGAGGACGAACAAACGACGGUUCUGUCCGGGCGCGUCCGGGGGCUGAUCGAACGGGUGCGUGCGUGCGUGCGUGUGUGCGUGUGCAUGUUUGCGAUUUGGAUUCGAUUUGUAUCGCGUUGCAUGGAGAAGAAACCAAGAAUGUGCGUCGCUGGUUUUCUAAUUUUCGUUUUGUUUUGUUUCGCUUUGUUCGGUUUCGAUUCGAUUCGAUUCGAUUCGCGGCAACACUCAGAGAUCGAGGCUCCGCAAAAUCCUCAAACAGAAGCGGAUCGAGAACAACCAAGCCAACGAAGAGAUGCUCGAGUGGGAGGGCAAACGCAUCGAGCGUGCGACGACGAACCCCUCCGUGAGAAAGCGGUGACACCUCGGUGACCUACCGCUAGGGUGUUCAAUUUUGUUUUGUUGUGGCUCGGCACGCACCUCUCGAUCGAUGGGACAAACAGGGGAAGUUCCUAGAUUUUUUACGGUG